AUGCCACCUGCCUCACUGGGAAACCCGAAAAUGCUGAACUCCGACGAGCCCCAGGGCUUCACCGCAGAAGAGCAUGCCCUGUUUGAGAAGCUAAACAUCGGCAAGGAAGGCGGCCUCCCGCUGCCCUCGUUCAUCAAGCCCAGCGAGGUCGAGGCCCAGGCGCGGCCCCUGGCCGAGAGCAUCUUCCGGGACUGGGAGGUGCUCAAGGCCGUCGUCGAGCGCCACGAGGAGAGGCUGCUCGAGCGGUGGAGGGGCCUCAAGAGGAAGAAGCGCAGGGACAUGCUGCUGGCGGCGUGGCCGGGGAUGGCGCCGCAGCACCGGCCCGACAUUGUGUGCUGGCGGGAGAAGUUUGGCGAGACGAACCGGCAGGCCGUCGACCGCGAGGACCGCGAGGCAUUCCUCUGGCCGCACAUCAACCUGCAAGACCUGUGCGCGACGCGGCCGCUCUGGCUGCUGAUGAGGUCGCGGGGUCGAGAUGGAGGGCCGGAGGCCUUCGCGGCGGCGGAUUUGGACGGCAUCCGCUUCGGCAAGGCGUGCCUGGCGCUGAUGCCGAGGUAUCUUAAUCAGUACUCCAUGCUCUUCACCGGCAGGACUACAGCGGAGUCAUACGGCCAGCUCUACGCGUGGGACGAGCUCCCCUCUGGCGACCGCUCGCUCUUUGAGAACCGCGGCACGCACCCGGGCGAGGGGCUCUGGAUCCUCGAGAUCCAGGCCCGCCUCUACGCCUUCCUCGUCGACAUGGCCAAGCGCCUCAUCCCUGGCGUCACAGACACUCUCUCCAACAAGGCUCCACCAGCCGCCGUCAACAGCAACCACGCCAGACCCGACGCGGCGGCGGAAUUCCAAUCGCUGCCCGUCCUGUCGCUGGAGGCGCCCUACUCCCUGCCGGCGCAGCUCAACGUCCAGAACCUGCUCAACCUCGCCUAUGCCAAGCUCUGGGAGGCCGAGGACCACCUCUGGGCCAUGCGCGAGGACCCGUCCUACUUCGCCGCCACGCUGCGCACCUGGCGCGAGCACCGCCGCGAGAUGAUCCCCGACACCGAGGGCAAGCCGCACCCGGCCGCCGCCGCGGCCGCCGCCGCGGACGACGACGGCGACAACGUGCUGUGGUCGCGCACGAUCGGCCUCGUCGUCAAGCGCGGCCUCGAGGAGGUCGAGACGUGGAACAUCGUCUACGCAAAGUGCCACCUCGUCGCGCAGCGCCUGCGCGCGCACGCGGGCAAGCUGCGGCCCGACGGCGCGCUGCCGCAGGACCUGGCGCUGGCCGUGUACAGCCUGUACCACCACGCGCGGCAGCUGCAGAACGAGCCCGUGGGCAACCUCAAGACGGGGUGCUUCGCGUCGCCGGAGCUGCGGCGGUACUUCCGCGUCGUGCCGCCGCGGGACCCGGGCGACAGCGCCAUCGCGCUGACGACGGCCGAGGAGGCGCCCGAGGGCGCCGCGACGCGCGAGCUCGUGUGGUGCCUCGGGGCGCUGCAGAACGACGGCAGCCGCGUGCUGCUCGGGUCGUCGACGCUGCUGGACAACAUUGAGAUGCUGAUGGCGCCGCAGGUCGGCGGCGGCGGCGGCGCCAGCAACGAAGAUGGCCGCAGCAGCAGCAGCACGGCGGCAGUGGGCGAGCAGUCCCACGUCUCGGCCUGGGUGGCCGACCAGCUGGCCAGCCUCUCCGUCUACGCCGAGUGCGUGCGCGAGAUCGAGCGCUUCCAGCCCUGGGCCGCGAGCUUCGAGGUCGAGAUGCAGGACAAGGAGAUCGCCAGCGUGCUCGACGUCGACUUCCAAAAGUCGCUGCAGCGCCUGCGCCCGCUGUUCCAGCACCAGAUGCGCGACCGGGUCGUCCGGCUAGGUGUCCCCGACGACGGGCGCUUCGACUACCCGGAGGUAGCAGGGGAUGAGGACCAGGCGGCUCGUGCCGCCGCCGUCGAGCAGCGCCGGCGCGCGGAGAAGGCUCUCGACGCAUUCUGGGCCAAGCUGCAGCACAGCCUGGACAAGCACCACGCACUGACGCCCCGCGUCCGCGAGGUUCUAACCAAAAUGCCUAUCCAGCGGACCAGCCCCCAUGCCGCAAAACCAUCAGCCAGUUCCGAAGCGGCCGCCUCUUCUCCACAGCCCAAGCCCAUCCGCGGAGGCAGCGCGGCCGCCAAGAAGAAGGUCGACCGGCGCGCGCUCAAGACGUUCCGCGCGCUCUUCCCUCCCGACGCGGCGAGCAGCAGCGAGCAGGGCGCGGCUGCCGCGCCCAAAUCCUGGACGGCCGCAGAGGUGGCCUGGCCCGACUUUGUGCACGCCAUGCGCAGCGCCAGGUUCGACAUCACCAAGCUGUACGGCUCGGCGUGGUUGUUUGUGCCCGAGAGACAGACAGGUGGUGGUGGCGGCGCGGCGGCCGGGCAGCACCGGCCCAUCCUGUUCCACCAACCAUGGCCUGGCACGGGAAAGAUCAGCCCUCCGGCGGCGCGGUGGUUGGGCAAGAGGCUGACGCGGGCUUUCGGGUGGACAAGGGAAACCUUUGAGGUUGAGGCCUGA